GUGAAGAUACUGUAUAUUCAGUCAGGUAGUAUAGAGCUAGGAAGUUUGAACACUACUAUCCUUUCCAUUGCAUUCAAGCAGCAGUCCAGCAAAUGGCCCGAAAUGACACAGAACUACAUGAGUCGCUUCAUAGUGGUUGUCCAUCGCUUCAUGGUAACAUCAUUAAAUUAG